AUAGCAACUUUGUUAAGAAAAUCGGAAAGUCAAAAGAAAGACAAUUUAAGUUAAUUUUAAAGAAAUAUUGAAUUAAUAAUGUCGUUUUUAACUAAUAAAAAGGUUUUGUUAAUGUCGGGUGUUGGAACUAUAGCUGGAAUCGGAAUAAUCAUUAAAGAUUUCAUGCAAGGAGAAAAGUAUAGAAAUCCAAUCAAAGUUGGAGGCAAAGUUAUGAUUGUUACUGGAGCCAACACAGGCAUAGGCAAAGAAACAGCAACGGAACUAGCGAAACGUAAAGCAACUGUUUACCUUGCAUGUCGAAGCCUUCAUAGAUGCGAAGAAACAAGAAGGAAAAUUAUUCUAGAAACGAAAAAUAAAAAUGUAUUCUGUAGAGAACUCGACUUGGGAUCUUUUCAGUCAAUCAAAAGUUUCGUUAAACGUUUCAAAGCUGAACAAAAACGAUUAGAUGUUUUAAUAAAUAACGCAGGAGUAAUGAGAUGUCCUAGAAUGUUAACAAAUGAAGGCUUUGAAAUGCAAAUUGGAGUGAAUCAUAUGGGACAUUUCCUUCUAACUCAUCUCUUGCUCGAUUAUCUUAACAAGUCAGCACCAAGUCGUAUUGUAAAUGUGUCAAGUAUUGCUCAUAAUCGUGGUGAAAUCAACACAGCAGAUUUGAACAGUGAAAAGUCUUACGAUCCAACAAAAGCUUAUGAACAAUCAAAACUUGCAAAUAUUCUCUUCACUCGAAAGUUAGCAAAGCAUCUUGAAGGAACUGGAGUGACUGUGAAUGCUUUGCAUCCUGGAAUUGUUGAUACAGAAUUGGCUCGACACAUGGGCGCUUAUAAUUCAUUUUUCGCGAAAAUAUUUUUCUAUCCUCUAGUCUGGCCGUUCCUUAAAGCGCCUAUUAGUGGUGCUCAAACUUCAAUCUAUUGUGCAAUCGAUCCUGAACUUGAAAAAGUAACUGGAAAGUAUUUUUCUGAUUGCAAGGAAGCACCAGUCGCUCCACAGGCAGAAGAUGAUGCAAUGGCAGACUUCUUAUGGAAAGUGUCUUUCGUGAUCCGUGAUGCUGAAGAAAAACGACAUAAGCGGGGUGUUAAUGCACUUCAGUUGGACCAGAAUAAUGGAAGACUUUUCUCUUGUGGAAGAGAUGCAAUUAUAAGAAUAUGGAAUACAAAUGUAUCAAAUAUGGAUAGUUCAUAUAUACAAUCGCUAGAGCAUCAUAAUGAUUGGGUUAAUGAUAUAGUUCUCUGUUGUGGAGGACGAAAUUUAAUCAGUGCAAGUUGCGAUACGACAGUCAAAGUUUGGAAUGCUCAUAAAGGAUUUUGUAUGUCAACAUUGCGAACACAUCGAGAUUACGUACAAGCUUUAGCAUAUGCAAAAGAUCGUGAACAAGUCGCUAGUGCAGGCUUGGAUAAACAAAUCUUCCUUUGGGAUGUAAAUACACUGACGGCGUUGACAGCGAGCAAUAACACAGUGACGAGUAAAGAAAUUCAUUUUUUGAUUAAGAAGGGAAAAGAAAUUAAAUUUUAUAAUUUUCUUCUAGCAUCAUCUCUUACUGGCUCUAAACAUUCAAUUUAUGGCUUAGCAAUUAACCCAAGUGGAACAAUAAUCGCCAGUGGCUCUACCGAAAAUGUCAUUCGAUGUUGGGAUCCACGAACUUGUAAUCGUCUCAUCAAACUUAAAGGUCACACGGAGAAUAUCAAAUCCUUAGUCAUUUCAACUGAUGGUAGUCAUAUUUUAAGUGGAAGUAGUGAUGGUACGAUAAAACUUUGGAGUGUUGGACAACAAAGGUGCAUUCAAACGAUUUCAAUACACAACGAAGGUGUCUGGUCGCUAUUGGUUAAUGAAAAUUUUACGCAUGUCAUUUCGGGCAGUCGUGACAAGAAAAUCUUCCUCACAGAAAUAAGAAAUCCGUACAAUUCAGUGUUGGUGUGUGAAGAAAAGGCACCGAUUCUCAACAUGUGUUAUAAUCUUGAUCACACGGGCAUUUGGACGACGACAUGGAAUUCUGAUAUCAAAAUGUGGAAACUUCCAAAGACAAAUGCUGAUAAAUCUUUGAGUUCACAACAAAAUUCGUCAAACUUGUCACUUAACGAACAACAACCGAUUAUUCCAUUCAACACAAGUGAAGAGAAAUGUAUUAAAGGUGGAGCUGCAAUUGAGAAAUAUGUUGUGUUGAAUGACAAACGAUUUAUGGUGACGAGGGACACUGAACAAAAUGUUGCUAUUUAUGAUGUUCUUAAAGUGAUUAAAGUUGAGACAUUGGGAAAAGUUGAUUUCGAUGAGACUGUUAAGGCUAGAAACAAAAUGGUUUACGUGCCGAAUUGGUUUACUGUUGAUCUUAAAACAGGAAUGCCAACAAUAGUUCUCGGACAAGAUGAAGUUGAUUGUUUUGCUGCUUGGGUGUCAGCGACAGAAGCUGGAUUAGGAACAGGUCAUGCUGAGAAUGGAUCAGAUCCAAAGGUCAACUAUGGAAGUCUUUUACUGCAAGCACUUUUAGAAUAUUGGUCGCAACCGAUUGCAGAUAUGGACAACGAUAUUCGUGGUAACGAAUACUUUAAGGUGCCGAAAUAUACGCCAAUUUUAUUUAGUGAGGUUGGUGGCCGAACAGGAUGUCGGUUAUUAGUAAGAGAUGCAGCCGGUGAUACAGAAAGUGCACUCUUACAUGAAGCUGUUCCAUCGUGGGUGGCUGACGUUGUAAUUGAUCGAAACAUUCCACGAUUUAUUAAAAUUCCAUUCUUUCUAUUACCACAUCCUAUGAUGGUGAAGCAAGAUCGGAUGAAAAAGGAUCGUUUAAUUGCGAAUGAGUUUAUUCAAUGUAGAAAGGUUUGCGAACAUGUUCUAGAUAAGAUUCUAAUGGAAAUUCCACCAACGAACGGCACUGGCGUAAAUUCAAAUUCAUCUCAAAAUAACAGCGAUGCCAGUGAAGGAUCACAGAUUCCAGCUGAAGAUAAAAUUGAACUGCUGUGCAAUGAUGUCGUAUGUGAUCCAUCAAUGGAUCUUAGAACUGUCAAGCAUUUCAUUUGGAAGCAAUCAAGUGACUUGACGUUUCAUUACAAAACGAAGCCAAACUUCUCAAUGUCUUGCUCAGUUGCGAUUAUAUCAAAAGAUAACUCACCAUUAUACGUUUUGACGUCAAAUAUUGAUAAAGAAAUUGAAUUGUUGUAUCGAAUUCACUCAGCACUUGAUAUUGUCGAUGAAAAGUGUAAUGGGACUAGCAACAAGAAUCCUGAUCUGCGCGACCUAUUUUUAGGACUUCUUUAUGCUACUGAAAACUACAAAAUCUACGGUUACAUGACAAACACAAAAAUUAAAUUUAUCUUGGUGGUUGACUCACUGAAUUCAGCAUUUCGUGAGAAUGAGAUAAGAACAAUCUUUCGCAACAUUCAUCAAGAAUAUGUCAACUUUAUCUCAAAUCCUUUCGUCAUACCAAACGAACCAAUCUUUUCAAAAACAUUCGACAAAAAUAUCCGAAGCAAAAUUGAUUGUUAUGGAACUAAAUAAGCGCACCAGCAUUUUAAUUAAAAUGUCAUCAUCCACAAAAUUCCUAAUAAAAUUCAUUUCUUUGUCGUAAGACCAUGCAAG